UAUUCUAUGUCUGAUGAUUUUGUCAGAAUGGCUGGUGAAAUAACAAUAGUACUUGGAGCAUUCUUGAUUCUUCUUAUUGAAAUCCCACAGCUGUUUCAAACAGGGCUUAAGGUUUUUUUUUGGAACUGCAACAGCUGGAGGUCCAUUUUACAUUAGCAUGAUGGUUUAUGCCUGCCUCAUUGUAAUCAUCAUGAUACUACGAAUUUUAGCCAGUGAAGGGGAAACAGUGGUCAUGUCCUUGGCCCUUGUAAAUGCUUGGUGCAACAUCAUCUAUUUUGCUCGUGGAUUCAAGCUCCUGGGGCCUUUGUGUAUCAUGAUUCAAAAGAUGCUAUUUGGAGACCUGAUGAGAUUUUGUACUAUUUUGAUCAUUGUUAUAAUAGGGUUUGGGGCAGCUUUCAGUGUGCACUUCCAAACUAUGGAUGUAAAAAAGUUUCCUUAUUUCCGAGAUUUUCCAAUGACCACGUUUACACUCUUCCAGCUAAUGAUGGGAUUAACUGAAUUCCCUGGAACCGGUGAUAUCAUCUUGCCCAACAUCAUCAUUAUCCUUUAUACGGUUUAUAUGUUGUUUGCUUUCAUUUUGCUUUUGAAUCUUUUAAUUGCUCUAAUGGCAGACACACAUUACCGAGUAGCAAAUGAGAGAAACACCCUUUGGAAGGCUCAGAUUGCUACAACUACCUUACUGCUGGAGAGAAGAAUCCCACGUUUUCUCUGGCCAAGAACUGGAAUACCCGGGGAAAUUCUGGGGCUUGAUAAAGGAAAGUGGUUUUUCAGGGUUGAAGAAUGGAAUGAUACUUAUUCCAUGGGGAAUGAGAAGAAUGGACAAUAUGGAAAACAUGAAAAAGUAAAUGGCUAAAAGAGAAAGAAGAUUGAACUCUGAGUUCCCAUGUACUUGCUUAAAGCUGCAUAAUAACUGCAAACUAGGCAGAAGCUAUUUUAGAAGGUGAAAACUCCAGUAUAUUUAAAUAAUUAAAGAUGAAGGUUUUCUGAAGGACAAAAUAUAUAUUAGAUCAUUUAGCAAAUGAGCAUUUUGUUGCUUGAAAAAUUGUACUCAAUUGCCUAAUGACAUAUUUGUUCUUAAUUUUGCAAAACUACUUAUUUAAUGAGACUGUAAAGUAAUAGUGAGAUAAACAGCAUUUCAAUAUAAUUUAAGCUCUUUAAUACUGUCAGAACUAGAGAAUAUAAUUCAACUCAAAUUCACUUAGCCCAAUCACGAAUUCUUAAUCCCGGUUGCAAUAAACUGGAAUCAUUAAAUGAAAUAUGUU